CGUUUAGGGUUUCAUUCACUCCCUUUUCACUGCAAAUUUGGCCUUUCCCUUUAACAAUUCACAGCAAUGGCCGCCAAGAAAUCCCCUCGUAACCCUAACCUAAUCAACGGCAUAGGUAAAUUCUCCCGUUCCAAAAUGUACCACAAAAAGGGCCUUUGGGCUAUCAAGAAGAAAAACGGCGGCAAAUUCCCCACCCACCCAAAAUCCACCGCCGCCGUUGCUCCGCCCUCAACCGCCGCCGUCAAACCACCAAAAUUUUACCCAGCUGAUGACGUGGCAAAACCCCUCAUCAACAAACACAAGCCGAAGCCCACAAAAUUGAGAGCCAGUAUUACACCUGGUACUGUGUUGAUUAUUCUAGCUGGGAGGUUCAAGGGAAAAAGAGUUGUGUUUCUGAAGCAACUGGUGGGUUCUGGGUUGUUGUUGGUUAGUGGCCCGUUUAAGGUUAAUGGGGUUCCAUUGAGGAGAGUUAAUCAAGCCUAUGUGAUUGCUACGUCGACUAAGGUUGAUGUUAGUGGAGUUAAUGUUGACAAGAUUGAUGAUAAGUAUUUUGCUAAGGAGGUUGAGAAGAAGGUGAAGAAGGGUGAAGGAGAGUUUUUUGAAGAGAAAAAAGAGGAGAAGAAUGUGAUUCCCCAGGAGAAGAAGGAUGACCAGAAAGCCGUGGAUGCAGCAUUGCUCAAGGCCAUUGAGUCUGUUCCUGAAUUGAAGGCUUAUUUGGGUGCUAGGUUCUCACUCAAGUCGGGCAUGAAACCCCAUGAGCUUGUCUUUUAGACCAGUUAAUUAAACUACUCUUCAAGAAAUUGAUUUUGUUAGAUCUGUCUUGUUUUAUGUUCUGUUUUGGACCUGUUUUUAGUUUUUGUAUUGAAGAUUUUGUUGGUUAUAAACAUCUUAAGAUGAAAUAUGCAAUAUGAGAUCUCUCUUUAAAUUUGUCCUGGUA